AUGGAGGCAGAGCUGGCCCACAGGGAACCCCCUCAGCACAAGGGUCACAUCAACAUCCCCUCCUCAGACAGUGAGGUAGAAAUUGUAGGAGUGCAAGAAAACACAAGGUGAGUUCAGAAGGCAUAAUUUACAACACAUGUCGAGGUCAGAUUUGCCUGCACUGCAAACACUACAAAACUGUCAUCCUUAUAUGGUGUUGCUCUACAACAUGUUACUUUAAGUGUUACGGUCAUGUUUUAUUGCCACAACAAAACUGUCAAUAUAGUUUUACUGUGUGACACCAACACCGUCAACAGCUCAUAAAUGCAAUGGCUGCUUUGGGACUGUCAUGGAACUGGUGAACUGCAAUGCACAAACUAAGUUUUCGUUACUCAAUCAUCAGUAUAAUGUUGUUACCCUAAUGUUUCUCUAACAUUGCUCUUAUGUCCUUGUUGUGUUAUUGUGCCGUUUCUCUUAACAGAUGUGCCCAUCCUCGGGGCGGGGUAAUUCAGAGCCUGUCCUCUGCCUGGAAGCCCAACUCAGUGGAUCAGUUCAACAACAGCACAAGGCAAUCCUCCCAGCUCUGGACUACCGUGUCCCCACAGCCCAACUGGGUGUCCCCUCCAGAGGUAGUGGACCUCACUUUGGACGAGGACACCAGACACAAAUACCUACUCUGA